UAUACAGAAGCUUUUUGAUUGAGUGUCAUCUUUACAGAAGUCACCAGGGGUAAAUCAGUAAAUGCUAGUCACUAGCAAAUCUGUCUGUACAAUUUUUAUCAGUUAGCUCUACCAUUUUAGGUGUAUUAACUUGCAAAACAAGAGGUUCGCCUCCAUCAGCCACAGUAGUUUAUACUGAAAUUUAUAUACUGCCACAACAGCGGUGCUCGGCGCAACUGAAAUUGACAGCGUCUGUAAAUAUCUAGUAAUGCACCUUCUGACAUCAGUAGUACUGCUCGGCAAAGAACACGUUGGAAGAAGCGUCUAAUGACAGGGGUAAUUAAAUGUCAAUCCUUCUUUCAUCAUUGUUUAACCUUUCUGCAGCUUCUUUGCAGCAGAAUGUUCUGAACUGACAAGAGGCCACAUUUGGUAAAUGUAAUACCCACCAUCAUAGCCUGCUUUUUUAUCACUGUACGUACCUGCAGGAACUCAUCAGCUGGAUCUAUCUACCUAUCGAUCCAAGUACACAAAACAGUUUGGUUGGCCAUGUUCUGUGAAAUUUUUUAAAUUACUACAAGAUCAGGUCAGAUCAGAUCUUGGCAGCAAGCAGGGCUGGAAAAUGCUCUGGUGUCAGGGAACUAACGGAAGAAUGAGAUGUAAAAGAACAUGCAUCACAGCUAGAGCAAGGUACAAGUUUCAACUUAUUUAAACUAGCGAUAAGUCCUCCCUUACAACUUAACCAUGUGUACCCCCAUGUUGUGAUCACAACACAUCACCACUACUCCACUAGGCCACAGCACCUUGAUGGGAUCUAAAUCCAAAGCCCUCUCUGCAUUCCCAUGAUGCUUCCAUCUCUAUUACUUAAACCUUGUGAGUGACACCUAACAUGUCCCCUAAACUGUUUGCCGUCGCUCACGCGGUCUCAUUUUUUUUUUCGUGCACUUGUGGUCUGUCUGUUGGAUGACAUUGACUUGGUACAUACUACUACUACUAACACAAAGCUAACUUGAGAAAACUUCAUCAAACUGAUGUUUAAAAGUUUAAAGUUUGGGUGAAUCUUGAACAAGAUGCUAGUUAGCUUAAAAAAAUUUCAACCAGAACAUAUAGCAAAACGUCAUCUUAUUAACACAGUAGUUCUAAGUUCUCUUGGACUCUUUCUACUCAUAGGUUAUAGGUAUGUACAUGUUUCUUGAUAAAAGUUUCAGAUUUUCAAUAGCACCUACUUUUUCUGUUACUUUCCAGCAGGGGUUGCCACCCUUUUGCACGGUUAAUUAAGUUGGUAGUGAUUUUUUUUAAUCUUUUGUAGAGGUAUUAUACUAACCUACACUCCUUGACUGCAUGUGCCCCUCCCCUAAGCUAAGAUUCCUAUCUUAUUCCACCUCGCUUGCUCAUUUUUCUUUAACCCGGACACUCCUCUGAUGCCUAUGAUUGAGUUCAGACACAGUAAUAGGAGUUUGCCGGUCCCUUGUAUUCUAUUGGGCUCCUCUCGGUUUCUCUGGAAAGUUAGGCAUGUGAUGCGAACAUGCAUGCACACUGAACUUUGGAAAAUAGUACCGCACAGAAGGUGCAGGAACAGUAAAUUGAACAGAUGGAUUUUUUUUUAUGAAUUUGCAUAUGGUUUACGUACCACCUUGUCUUGCAGUUUUUUAGUUCUCGUCCAUGUGAAUUGCUACUAGAGAGAAGCUUACUGUUGUGUGGCUACUGGCUAGGCUGCUAUACCUCCCAAAAGUUUAAUCCUCUGUCCAUGUGCAAGACCACAAUUCUCUUGUCGAGAUGAUUACAGUAACACUACUUAGUGUUAGAAUUAUAUAACAUAAAUACUUGAGAUGCCGUUUGGUUCACGAAAUGUAAAGUAAAUGGUAAUGGUAAUGAUUCACACUUGAUUAUAACAAAUCGCUUACAAAUAUGUGAACCAAACAAUAUCUAAAAUUUUAUAGCGUGAAGCCGUGAAGGCAAUAUAUGUGCUACCUGCGGGCAGACUGCUACAGUAACUUUGUGCAGAUCUGAGACAGGUGCAGGGAAAGAUGAACGCUGGUUAGAUCUAUGAUGGGUUGAUUUUAUACAGGAAAUGUUAGCCAGAUCAUCUGAGUCAGAGAGGUUGCAUUGCAUUACCAAGAUCACAGAGAGCAUGUUCACAUGCAACACUACUCUACUACAUGAUCUUUUCUCAUUGGAGUUGUCACUUCUGUAUCUUCAUUUUCCAUGGUCAGAAAAAAGUAAUACUGCAUUGAGGUGUAGACUGGAUAAAGCUCGAGGGAUGAUGAUAUCAUUUCUACUGCUCCCACAGUACAACAAAUUUAUAUUCUUUUUUUUUCACAGAAGCAGCUCUGAAUCACUGCAGAUGGACAGACCAUCAGAAACCUUUAGAAGGUAAACACCCAGAGCACAGGGGAGGGCACGUGAAUUGAGUAGUAAACAAACACCAGCAGCAGCCGGUGUUAUUAGCUUGUGAGUUCUGGCCACCCUGCAUCAGUGCAGUACAAAAGAACAAGCUUUCACAGGCGCUAGAAACACUGUACUUAUUAACAAGGGAUAAAGUUCAGAACUUGGGGUUACCGAGGAGGAAGAAAUGUUCUCACUCACCUGCACCACACCUCCUCAACAGAGCACUGAGCACAGCAGCAAGCAAUUAACAAUUCAGGAUCAGCCAGUGGCAAUAAUGAGUACAUCAACUAGGGAUAAACAUACCCAAAUGAUGCCAUCAGCUGGGCUCCAUCCAUGCCAUCUUCCUUCCAUCUUCUUUCUUCCCCCACACCUGGAUUGACAAUUGCUAAUAUUCCUUUCUGAUCUGAAACUCUAAGAACCACAUUUUUGCAGACCACACUCGCUGAUUUUGCUUGUUACCAAUCGAGCACGAAUCUCAAAGACGAAUAGACGGUAUGGCACAGUAGGAUCUACGGCUAGAGAACAGAAGAUGAUCUCUAAAGCCUCUGUCUCUGUGUGCUAUAAACAAAUCCUGGGGUCUCCCGCUCUACAAUCCCAAGGCGACGAGGAGGUGCCGCUCACCACCCACCCGCGGCCUCGGGCCCUCGGCCACCCUCUGCUCUGCUCCCCCAAUGCCUCAGCGCCUGGGCGCCACCACGGCGGCGAGGCUGGUCGCGCUCCUCGUGUGCCUCUCCCCGGCGCUGCUCGCGCCCUGCCGCGGUGUCAACGAGCAAGGCCAGGCGCUGCUGCGAUGGAAAGGGUCGUCGGCGCGCGGCGCGCUGGACUCGUCGUGGCGGGCGGCGGACGCGACCCCGUGCCGGUGGCUCGGCGUGGGGUGCGACGCGCGCGGCGACGUCACGUCGCUGACCAUCAGGUCGGUCGACCUCGGCGGUGCUCUCCCGGCGGGGCCGGAGCUGCGGCCGCUGAGCUCGUCGCUCAAGACGCUGGUGCUCUCCGGCACCAACCUCACCGGCGCGAUCCCCAGGGAGCUCGGCGACCUCGCCGAGCUCACCACGCUUGACCUCAGCAAGAACCAGCUGUCCGGCGCCAUCCCGCACGAGCUCUGCCGGCUGACGAAGCUCCAGUCGCUGGCGCUCAACAGCAACUCGCUGCGGGGCGCCAUCCCGGGCGACAUUGGCAACCUCACCAGCCUGACGACCCUCGCGCUCUACGACAACCAGCUCAGCGGCGCCAUCCCGGCGAGCAUCGGCAACCUGAAGAAGCUACAGGUGCUGCGCGCCGGCGGGAACCAGGCGCUCAAGGGCCCGCUGCCGCCGGAGAUCGGCCGGUGCACCGACCUCACCAUGCUCGGCCUCGCCGAGACCGGCCUCUCCGGGAGCCUGCCGGAGACGAUCGGGCAGCUCAAGAAGAUCCAGACGAUCGCCAUCUACACCGCGAUGCUCACCGGCUCCAUCCCCGAGAGCAUCGGCAACUGCACCGAGCUCACCAGCCUCUACCUGUACCAGAACUCCCUCUCCGGGCCCAUCCCGCCGCAGCUCGGCCAGCUGCGCAAGCUGCAGACGGUGCUGCUGUGGCAGAACCAGCUCGUCGGCACUAUCCCGCCGGAGAUCGCCAACUGCAAGGACCUCGUGCUCAUCGACCUGUCGCUCAACUCGCUCACGGGGCCCAUCCCGAGCAGCUUCGGCACGCUGCCGAACCUGCAGCAGCUGCAGCUCAGCACCAACAAGCUCACCGGCGUCAUCCCGCCGGAGCUCUCCAACUGCACGUCGCUGACCGACGUCGAGGUGGACAACAACGAGCUGUCCGGGGAGAUCGGCAUCGACUUCUCGCGGCUGCGCAACCUGACCCUGUUCUACGCGUGGCAGAACCGGCUGACCGGCCCCGUGCCGGCAGGCCUCGCGCAGUGCGAGGGCUUGCAGUCGCUGGACCUCUCGUACAACAACCUCACCGGCCCCGUCCCGGGGGAUGUGUUCGCGCUGCAGAACCUGACCAAGCUGCUGCUUCUGAACAACGACCUCUCCGGGUUCAUACCGCCGGAGAUCGGCAACUGCACCAAUCUCUACCGGCUCCGGCUCAACGACAACCGGCUUUCCGGGACGAUACCUGCGGAGAUCGGCAAGCUGAAGAACCUCAAUUUCCUCGACCUGGGCAGCAACCGCCUUGUCGGGCCGUUGCCGGCGGCGCUGUCCGGCUGCGACAACCUAGAAUUCAUGGACCUGCACUCGAAUGCCCUGUCUGGCGCUUUGCCGGACGAGCUGCCCCGCAGUCUACAGUUCGUCGACAUCUCCGACAACAAGCUCACCGGUAUGCUGGGCCCCGGCAUUGGGUUGUUGCCGGAGCUGACGAAGCUUAACCUCGGGAUGAACCGGAUCUCCGGGGGCAUACCGCCGGAGCUCGGUUCCUGCGAGAAGCUUCAGCUGCUGGACCUCGGCGACAACGCGCUCUCUGGUGGCAUCCCGCCGGAGCUCGGGAAGCUUCCAUCGCUGGAGAUUUCGCUUAACCUCAGCUGUAACCGUCUCUCCGGGGAAAUUCCAGCGCAGUUCGGCGAGCUGGAUAAGCUUGGCAGCCUCGACAUCUCGUACAACCAGCUCUCUGGCAGCCUUGCGCCCCUCGCGAGGCUCGAGAACCUCGUCAUGCUCAACAUCUCUUACAACACGUUCUCUGGUGACCUCCCAGACACGCCCUUCUUCCAGAAGCUUCCGCUCAGCGACAUCGCGGGCAACCACCUGCUCGUCGUGGGCGCCGGCGGUGACGAGGCCUCCCGGCACGCGGCCGUUUCGGCGCUGAAGCUGGCCAUGACAAUCCUUGUCGUGGUGAGCGCUCUCCUCCUCCUGACGGCCACCUACGUGCUCGCGCGCUCGCGGCGCCGCAACGGCGCCAUCCACGGGCACGGCGCCGACGAGACGUGGGAGGUGACCCUGUACCAGAAGCUGGACUUCUCCGUGGACGAGGUGGUGCGCGCGCUGACGUCGGCGAACGUGAUCGGGACGGGGAGCUCGGGCGUGGUGUACCGCGUGGCGCUCCCAAACGGCGACUCCCUCGCCGUGAAGAAGAUGUGGUCGUCCGACGAGGCCGGCGCGUUCCGCAACGAGAUCUCGGCGCUGGGUUCCAUCCGGCACCGUAACAUCGUGCGGCUGCUCGGGUGGGGCGCCAACCGCAGCACCAAGCUGCUCUUCUACGCCUACCUCCCCAACGGCAGCCUCAGCGGGUUCAUCCACCGCGGUGGCGUCAAGGGCGCCGCUGACUGGGGCGCGCGCUACGACGUCGCGCUUGGCGUCGCGCACGCCGUGGCGUACCUCCACCACGACUGCCUGCCGGCCAUCCUGCACGGCGACAUCAAGGCCAUGAACGUCCUCCUCGGCCCCCGGAACGAGCCGUACCUCGCCGACUUUGGCCUCGCCCGCGUCCUGUCCGGCGCCGUCGCGUCCGGCUCCGCCAAGCUCGACUCGUCCAAGGCGCCGCGCAUUGCCGGCUCAUAUGGCUACAUCGCGCCAGAGUACGCGUCCAUGCAACGGAUCACGGAGAAGAGCGACGUGUACAGCUUCGGCGUGGUGGUGCUGGAGAUCCUGACGGGGAGGCACCCGCUGGACCCGACGUUGCCGGGCGGCACGCACCUGGUGCAGUGGGUGCGGGAGCACGUGCGCGCCAAGCGGGCCACGGCGGAGCUCCUGGACCCGCGUCUGCGGGGGAAGCCGGAGGCGCAGGUGCAGGAGAUGCUGCAGGUGUUCUCGGUCGCCAUGCUCUGCAUCGCCCACAGGGCGGAAGACCGGCCGGCGAUGAAGGACGUCGUGGCGCUGCUCAAGGAGAUCAGGCGGCCAGCCGAGAGGUCCGAUGAGGGGAAGGAGCAGCCGGCGUGCAACACCGCGGCGGCGGCGACCGCCGCCGCCGCUGAGCCACUGGACGGGCAGGCGCAACGGUCGCCACCCCGGAGCCCGCUGCCCAAGGGCGGCUCGUCGAGCUGCUCGUUCGCCAUGUCCGACUACUCUAGCUGAUGAAUCAUGGUCCCUGGAGUGCUGCUGUUAGAUAACGAUUAGCAAAGCACUAGGAGGUGAAUUUUGGAGGUGUAAUAAUAUGGUGUGAUUAGUGUAUCAGUAAGCAGUUAAAAUGUUAAUUAAUUCAGAUUAUAGCUUGUAACUCGCUCAGAUGUAUUUGUACUUGUAAAUUAAUCAUUAAUCAAUCAAUUAAUGGGUCAAUUUUUGAA